UUCAUUUUAUGUCUAAAACUUUAUUAAAAAAAUCCAUCGGUUUACAAUUUAUUUUAUAUACACUGGCGAAAUGGAUCCAGACCACAGUGAAAAUGUAGUAGAUUACCGCUCGCUGGGAAACAUGCCGGGCUACGAGUGGAAACUCCUGCGGUACAAGUGCCGCGACUUGCGUUUGGAAGGCGUGUAUCAUCGACACCUUCACUUGGUUUCAUCGGCCCUUGUGAUCCAACUUAUUGUAGUCAUUGAAAUUUUGAUGCUCAUUCAUGUGAUUCUGCUGUUCUGCGUGGUUAAGGACAUUGAUUUUCUCAGUGUGCUUCCCUAUUUCGCGGUCAUGUUACUCACUCCAUCUAUUUUGUUACCCGGCAGGGAGUCCAACGUCGAGCAGUACGAAGUCAUAGCCAUUUUGGGCAGCUGCUUAAUGGCCGUGCUUCUGACUGCGAUGGACUUGAUACUGCCCAUCUCUUACUUGAGUUCAUUUAAUCUGAUACCAAAUUUCGAUCACGUAGUGAUUGUCCUGGUCUACCUGAUGUUUCCAAUAGCCUUUGUCGAAAAUGGCAGAGCUUACCUUUUGGGCCUUGCCGUUUCACUGGUGUACUUUGCUUACAUGACGUUCAUGGUCAACAUCAACACACAUGAUGAAGUGUGGGAGUUGACGGCGUAUGGGGCGUAUCUGAUCUUUCUGAACAUGCUAGGCAUGUCCUUGACCGGAUUCCGGGAGUACAACAUGAGAAGCGGAAUACUCAGUCGUUACCAGCUGGUGUACCAGAACUUGGUGCUUCAGAUGGCAAUGAAACAGGAAAAGGCCUUGAUGGACUCGAUCAUACCAGCAACGCUGGCGAGAUCGUUGCAAGAUGCCAUCGCCAGUCACAUUGAAGAAGAUCCGUCUAAUCUAAUUCCAUUUACAAAAACACGACAUCUCUUUAUGGAGCAGCAUCCGGAAGUAUCUAUUUUAGAAGCAGAUAUGGUUGACUUUACGAAUCUGACGACCACCAUGGACGUUUCAGAACUUGUGGCCAUCCUGCACGAGUUGUUCGUAAGUUUCGAUUUGGCCGCCAACCACAACAGGGCCACGCGCAUCAAGUUCCUGGGCGACUCGUACACCUGCGUCACUGGGAUUCCCAGCUACUUUGCUACCCACGCCAACGCCUGCGUGAAUCAGGCUCUGGACAUGAUUGAGAUAAGCCGCGAAGCCAGCCAGCGACGAAAUAAGAAGAUCCAACUUCGGGUCGGGGUGCACUCGGGGGAGAUACUCGCUGGGAUUAUUGGGCUCACCAAGUGGCAGUUCGACAUCUGGUCGAAGGACGUGGACAUCACCAAUCGGCUGGAGUCAUCCGGACUUCCUGGAAUGGUGCACAUUUCUAGCCGCACACUGGGCUUGCUGGACAACCACUACGUUUAUGAGGAGGGUACCGAGACGGCCAAACAGGAUCCGCUCCUGCAACGUUCUAAUCUAAGUACCUACCUGAUAAGAAGUCGACUCCCAAAUUUCGAGGACACCGAUGACUUCGAGGACGACAACAUCUCGCUGAACGACUACCACUUCAGGUUUAGUUUCACCCAGGAUUACGAAGAUAUCCAGGUGAAGGCGCAGCGCGAUAUGAUUCUCGAGGUGGAGCACAUGCCGAUGAACCGGGUUCAGGGGUGCAAGAUCACACGGCCGCUGCACCGAAUGGCUAAAAAGGACAUCCGUGAGGAGUAUCGAUUCCAUCUCGAGUCGUACUGCCUCUUCACCACUUUCCGCAGCUGGAAGAUGGAAUGGUCCUUUAGCAAAAUGCGGGACCUUCUAAUGAAAUACAGCCUGGGGAUGAUGGUCUUAGCUGGAGCCACUAUUAUAGCUAUGAACCUACUCCAUACAAAGGAAGCCAUAGACUAUACCAUGUUGUUUGGCCUGUUUCUGCUCAUACUCUUGGCACUCUUGCUGGCUUCCUAUAAAAAACUUUGGCUACGUGGCCGCCGUCUCACGCCCAUGACGCAACCCUCAUCCUUCCUAAGUCGGUGGUUGAUCAAGAUCUCCAAUCUAAUCGAGAAGUCGGUGUUCGUUAGGGUUCCAUUGGGCAUUAUCGUGCUGUCCAUGCUAUAUAUAAUGUCUUCGGCAUCAGUGUUCUCUUGUGAUAUAGCCAGGCUCGAGCUGCAAAUUAUAGAUUCCGAGUUGAAUAACCUCAAGCCCCAGAUGAUUUGCUUCAUGCCUUGGCCAGUGACUUAUGCAGUAAUCAUUGUGCUUAGCCUCAUGUUGGUCAUCAUCGGCAUUCCGCUGAUCAUAAAGCUAGCAGUGGGUCUGGCCAUCCUAGGCUGCCAUAUGAUCACGGUUUACGCCUACUACGGAUUCGCCUUUGAGCGGUCGGAAACCACCAAUGUGGGCAUGACAUCGAGUCUGGCCCACAGCUGGUACCUGCUUGCCCUCUUCAUCGUGGUGGUGGUGCGCGAAGGCAACCUCAACUACAUCCUGAAGGCGAGCUACUUCAUGAGCCUGUGUUUCGAAAAGAAGCACAAGCAGACCAAGGUCAAAACCCGCACCAUCAAGAUCAUCAUGGCCAACAUCCUGCCCACCCACGUUGCAGACGUGUUCAAGGUGCGUCGUCGCAGCGAUCAACUGUACUAUGAGAACUUCUGCAAUGUGGCCGUGAUGUUCGCCACCAUCGAGAACUACAAGGCGGAUCACUCGGGACUGCGAGCCCUCCACGAGAUGAUCUGCUACUUCGACGAACUCUUGCUGAACUACCAAACCUGCUACAAAAUCGAGAAGAUCAAGGUGAUGGGCUGGACGUACCUAGCGGCCUGCGGCCUGGACGUCGAUCACUACACCGACCUUGCGGUCAGCGUUCCCGUCUCAGCAAAUCCAGAAGCCGAUAAAGUCCAGAAAUCGACUUCCGUUCGAUUUGCCCCGAUGGAUGACGAUGAUGACACAAAGAGCAGGGAGCGGCUUCCCUCCCAGGCGACUUUGAAUGAGACUGAUAAUACAGUCCUGGUCAUGACUGAAUUCGCUUUGAAUUUACUUCGCAUCAUGCGUGAUAUCCAGUCUAAGGGGAUUUUCUUCGAAAAUUAUUCUAAACUAACUGGCAGCUUAAAGAUUGGCAUCGCCAAUGGACCCGUGAUGGCCGGUGUUGUGGGACUCUCCAAGCCGCACUACGACAUCUGGGGACACACUGUCAACAUGGCCUCCCGGAUGACUUCUACGGGAGUGCUGGAUGGCAUUCACGUGACCGAGAGCACCUCGAAUAUCCUGCAGGACUUUAACAUUCGGUGCAAUUUUCGAGGGAUGACCUUUGUGAAGGGAGUGGGCCAAGUGCCCACUUACCUAGUCGACCUGGACGAGAAUCUACACUUCCAACAUGUUAGCCGGAACAACGAUUCGCACAUGGGCAGCAUAGUCUCCGUGCAGUGGCUGGAUGAAAAAAGAGCUGAAAAAUAGAUUAAUUGAAAAAGGA